GCUGGGUCUCAUGUUUACGUGGAAAACAUGGCGGCGGACUACCAACAAGGAGACAGCUAGUUAAUACCAGUAGAAGUCUCUGGCAGCGAGCCGCAAGUCAGAGGGGAGGGAUAUUUAGCCGUUAGCUUUGAAAUUUCUCUCGCGGAUAUCUCGCAUGAGGCAGUUUCUCUGUUUGUUUAGCCACAGGGACCGCGGGGAUGGAAGACGAGGAGAGGCAAAAGAAGCUGGAGGCCGGCAAAGCAAAGCUGGCUGAGUACCGCCAGAGAAAAGCUUACGUCGACUCCCAGAAGAAACAGAAAAAGAAGAAGAAAAAGAAGCCAGCCGAGGACUCGGAGGGGGAUUCACAGGGAAGGGUGGAGGUCGAACCAGAUCAGUCUGUGGGAGGAGAGGUGGUCUCGGGUGGAGGACAAGAUGGAAAUAGAGACCCACACACCACAGAGUUUACUUUCACCAAGACGCUCAGGAGUGGAGAGACUGUCAAGCAUGACCAGACGUACAACAUAGAGCCAGAGAGUGAAGUUUCCACCACUGCAGAGGAUUAUUCCUCAGAGGUAAAUGGAUGCCUUGAUGAGAUCACAGACAACCUAAUGAUGCCUUCAAAGGAUUUUAUCUGGGAGGAGGUGGAGUCCCCGCAACAGGUGACAAAGGGGGGUACAAGGCAGGAUUUGGAGGAUGCACUAGAGGCCAAGACCCGGGCAGUGGAGGAGCUGAGACAAGAGCUUGAAGAAAUCAGGUCUGCAUUUGGUGCAGAAGGCAUGCAGCAGCUGCAGGAGUUUGAAGCAGCGCUGAAGCAGCGAGAUGGCAUCAUCACCCAGCUCACAUCCAACCUUCAGCAGGCUCGUGAAGAGAAAGAUGAGAUCAUGAAAGAAUUUUUGGAGCUGACAGAGCAAACAAAGCUACAAAUUCAGUUCCAGCAGCUGCAGGCAGGUGAGACACUGAGGAAUACCAGUCACAGCAGCACUGCAGCUGAUCUUCUGCAGGCCAGGCAGCAGCUCGUUCAGUACCAACAGCAGCUGGAAGAGAUGAAUGUUGAGGUCAGAAAGCACCAGGACAGGAGCAGCCAACAGCUGGAGCACAUCAGCCAGCUCCAGCAGAAGAUCAGUGAGAUGGAGUUGUCAGGGAGAAGAGCUGAAGAAUCAUUUUCCCAAAGGAUAAAUGAAAAGGACUUGUUGAUUGCUAAACAAGAAAAAGUUAUUUCAAGUCAGGAGCAGUCACUGACAGAAUUGAGAGCAGCAGAGAAGUCUUCUGCACAAACACUAAGAGAGAAAAAUCAGUUAAUUUCAGAGCAAACUGCAAUAAUCACAGAACAUGAGCGGUCACUAACCCUGCUCAGAGAUGAACUUGCUCAUGUGGGGAGGAGUACAGAUGAGAAUAUUAUACAGCAGUCAGAUGAGAAAGCGCUCAUUAUAGCAGAGAAAGAGAGAGUCAUUUCAGAACGUGACUGUUCCAUUACACAGCUCGAAGAUGAGCUGGAGACCUCUGAAAAACAACUUCACCACCUCCAACAGCGAAUGGCUACAAAGGAAUCUGAGCUGGAAAGCUGUCUGGAUGAGUUGGAAAGCACAAGGGCUGACUUAGAGAGUCAUACAAAUGAAGUAGAGAGUUGUAAAUUACAAUUGGAAAAAGAACAAAAGGAGUUAGAAAUUUGUAAAAGCGAACUUGCAACCUCCAGACAGAAAGAGCGAAUGUCAUCUAAUGAAAUUAUGCAGCUCAUGCGCACAGUCGAAGAUCUGCAGAAGCGCUGUCACCAGGGCAGCCUUUCAGAGAGUGACACCGUCCAAAAAAUGCAGAAAGAGACUGAGAGGAAGCUUGAAGUUCUCAGGGCGGAGCUGGAUGAGAUGUACGGUCAACAAAUUGUCGAGAUGAAGCAGGAGCUUAAUUUGCAGCAUGCUGCGAGAGUGCAGCAAAUGACUGAGCAGCAUCAUGCAGAGCUCGAGCUUCUAAAAGCACAACUGUCUCAAAGUUCCACUGACAACACUGUUGAGGUGGACAUCCUCAAUACUAAAAUUAGGGAGCUCCAAGAAACUUUAGAGCAGUCUCAAUCUAUGCAUGAUAAAGCCAGACGUGAGCUUAGUGAAAUAGCCCAAGAGAAGGUCAGCCUGCAGGCCAGGUUGGAUGAUCUUCUUCAAGAGCUCCAUUUAGCUAAAGAAAAGGUGGAGCAGGUAUCCCACAGUCUUAUCUCUCAGGAAAGCCAACACGUUGAGCUGCAGCAGCUCCAAGAGACCAUUGACAAUCUGAGGACUGAGCUGCAUGGUCUUCAGGAAGCUGCACAAGAAGCUGAAACAAAACAUGAAUCUGAAAUAACCAAUUACAAGAUCAAGUUGGAGAUGCUGGAGAAAGAAAAAGAUGCUGUGCUGGACCGCAUGGCAGAGUCACAGGAAGCAGAGCUGGAACGACUGAGAACUCAGCUUCUAUUUAGCCAUGAAGAAGAGCUCACCAAUCUUAGGGAAGAACUGCAAAAAGAGAACUUUCUAAACACAGAAAACCUUCUCAACGAAGCUGCUAGCAAACACGAGAAAGCGCUGGAUGAGCUGCGAAUUGGUCAUGAAGACGAACUGCGUUUGUUACAAAGAGAGAAGGCAAGUUUUGCCGCAGAGCGAGAUGAACUUUUGCACCAAAUUCUUGGGCUCAAAGAAGACCUCAAGAUGGCUUUGCACAGCUCUAAAGCAAAUGAGCUCGUCGAGCAGCUCCAAGAGCUUCAGGCCGAGCUUGAGGAACUUAGAAAGGGGGGAGAAGAACGAACAAGAAUGGAGACUGAAAUUCAGACAUUACUAAAAAAGAUGGAGGUGCUUGAAAACCAGACAAAAGCGAGAGAACAGCACUGGGAGAACAAACUAAAAGAGCUUGAACUGGAAAAAGAACAAAAGGAGUUAGAAAUUUGUAAAAGCGAACUUGCAACCUCCAGACAGAAAGAGCGAAUGUCAUCUAAUGAAAUUAUGCAGCUCAUGCGCACAGUCGAAGAUCUGCAGAAGCGCUGUCACCAGGGCAGCCUUUCAGAGAGUGACACCGUCCAAAAAAUGCAGAAAGAGACUGAGAGGAAGCUUGAAGUUCUCAGGGCGGAGCUGGAUGAGAUGUACGGUCAACAAAUUGUCGAGAUGAAGCAGGAGCUUAAUUUGCAGCAUGCUGCGAGAGUGCAGCAAAUGACUGAGCAGCAUCAUGCAGAGCUCGAGCUUCUAAAAGCACAACUGUCUCAAAGUUCCACUGACAACACUGUUGAGGUGGACAUCCUCAAUACUAAAAUUAGGGAGCUCCAAGAAACUUUAGAGCAGUCUCAAUCUAUGCAUGAUAAAGCCAGACGUGAGCUUAGUGAAAUAGCCCAAGAGAAGGUCAGCCUGCAGGCCAGGUUGGAUGAUCUUCUUCAAGAGCUCCAUUUAGCUAAAGAAAAGGUGGAGCAGGUAUCCCACAGUCUUAUCUCUCAGGAAAGCCAACACGUUGAGCUGCAGCAGCUCCAAGAGACCAUUGACAAUCUGAGGACUGAGCUGCAUGGUCUUCAGGAAGCUGCACAAGAAGCUGAAACAAAACAUGAAUCUGAAAUAACCAAUUACAAGAUCAAGUUGGAGAUGCUGGAGAAAGAAAAAGAUGCUGUGCUGGACCGCAUGGCAGAGUCACAGGAAGCAGAGCUGGAACGACUGAGAACUCAGCUUCUAUUUAGCCAUGAAGAAGAGCUCACCAAUCUUAGGGAAGAACUGCAAAAAGAGAACUUUCUAAACACAGAAAACCUUCUCAACGAAGCUGCUAGCAAACACGAGAAAGCGCUGGAUGAGCUGCGAAUUGGUCAUGAAGACGAACUGCGUUUGUUACAAAGAGAGAAGGCAAGUUUUGCCGCAGAGCGAGAUGAACUUUUGCAACAAAUUCUUGGGCUCAAAGAAGACCUCAAGAUGGCUUUGCACAGCUCUAAAGCAAAUGAGCUCGUCGAGCAGCUCCAAGAGCUUCAGGCCGAGCUUGAGGAACUUAGAAAGGGGGGAGAAGAACGAACAAGAAUGGAGACUGAAAUUCAGACAUUACUAAAAAAGAUGGAGGUGCUUGAAAACCAGACAAAAGCGAGAGAACAGCACUGGGAGAACAAACUAAAAGAGCUUGAACUGGAAAAGGAGUCACUGAUCCAAUCAAAUAACACUUUGAAAGAAGAGAUCAACUCAAAAAUUCUGAAAAUUGAGGCACUCACAGCACAGAGCAAUCAAACGCAGCAACAAGUAGCUGAGCUUAGGGAAGAAGUGGAAAAGCAGAGGACUACUUUCUCCUUUGCUGAAAAGAAUUUUGAGGUAAACUAUCAGGAGCUCAAAGAAGAGUACAAGUGUCUCAUUGAGGCAAAGACACAGUUGGAAGAGAGGACGCGGAAGGAGACACUUGAAUUUGAGGCAAAAAUCGCCAGCCUUCAGUCACAGAUUCGAGAGCUGGAGGAGGGCAGCAGAGAUGACAAUAUGGAGGACACAAAUACUGAUAAAGCUGUGACUGAAAAACAUUCUACUGAACUAAUGGAGAAGCUUAAUGUUACUUUGAGUGAGAAGGAAAGCCUGACUGGAAGGCUUUCUGAAGUUACAGAGCAAUUAAUGUUUACAGAGAGCAAAGUGGGACAACUAGAAGAAGAGCUGCUGAAAGUGAGAAAAGAAAACUCUGAGGUCAUCGCCCAAAAUGAAAUCCUAGAGAAGGAACUGGAAAAGAAGCAGGAGAUUAAGACGGAGCAGAUAAGAGGGCAGGAUGCCCAGAGAAAAGCUAAGCUCCAGGAAGAUGAGGCAGCCCUUGAGCCAGUUUGUUCUUCAGUGGAUCAUCAUAUUCAGAUUCAAUCUCUGCAAGAGGAGAUCAAGGCUCUUCAGUCCCUCUUACAGGCAGCUGAAGACGAAAGAGACAGCAUCCGGCAGACUCUGGAGCUCCACAGGCUUUCACAUACUCCAUCCCCAGCAGCAGUGCAGUCCUCAGGGGAGGGACCUGUUGAAGGACGAUCCUCCCCGCAGAAGUCCUCAGCCUCAGGGUCAAGCAGGCGCAAGAGGCGGCAGAGGGCGAAGCAGGAGCGCAAAGUGGGCUCCGUGUUUUCAGAGAACAGAGAAGAAAGACAAAGGGAGGAGAAAGAGGAGGCAGUGACUGAGGAAGAGAGAGCUAAAAGUGCUGCAGAGGAUGAGAUGCAGCCUCAGAUGGAGAGCCAGGUUGCGUCUCGUUCACAAGAGAGGGCCAGUAAGGAGGACACCACUGACGGAUACCAGGGAGACGGAGGCAAAGGCUACAUCAGCAAAGAGGUAAGCAGACAUGGGACGGCCGGCCGCUCGACGCAUGUUGUCCAGGGAGAGCCGACUGAACAUGGUGAGUGCAGGCUGCAGAUGGAAGCCCAGCGCAUUAGCCUGUCUCAGAUCCACGCCGCCCAGUUUGAGCUGCUGCAGGAGGAGACCGAUGCCCGCACGCACUCUCUAGAGCUGCAUCUGCAGGACCUGAAACAUCACGAUACGCAGAAUGAGCAAAAAAGCUUCAAAUACCAGGACACGAUGCAAGCUGUGUCACAAGAAUGCUCUGCGAUUAUUCUGGCUUUUCAAAAACUCUUUGGUGAAGAGUUUUUGGAGAAUGUCGAUGCAGAGAGCCAGCCGCUAAUUUCACAAGAACAACCAGUGACGAGCGAAUCCACCUCCAUUAUCCUAGAGGCCAGAGAGCUAUGCAGAGAGCUUCAGCAGGUCAGGGAGAGGAUGGAGCAGGAACAUCAUCGACUCUCACAGCUCCAGGCUCUGCUUAGAGAUGAUGGGAACAAGAUAAAUGAACUGCAGAUGGCGUACAGUGAGCUGAAGAGAAACAGUGAGAAGGAGCUCUCUGACCUCCGUGAGCAGGUCGCCACUUUAAGCCCUUCAACAAGUGAAGAUCCGGAGGAGCGGCCUGGUGCAUCUACCUCCCUUUCCGUGGAAUUGCAGAGGCUGAAGGCCGAGGCCAAGGAGAAGCAGCUGCACCUGGAGGAGAGUCACAGGCAAGAGAUGGAGCGUCUCAGAGCUCACUACCAGCAGCAGACCACAGAGACAGAGGAGCGAUACGCAACCGAGCUCUUCAUGCUGCAGCAGCGACUGCAGGAGGUCACAGCCCACGACAGUGUUCCAGAGUCCAGCUCUGAGAGGAUGGAGGAGCACAAAGAGGAACUAAAGGAUCUGAGUGAGGAGGAUUUCUCAGAGGAAGUUGUGGAGCUGUGCUGGUCUGUCAAGUCUACUGGCCUGACAGCACAGCUGCAGGCACUGAGGAAAGCUCUCUACCACAAGUACCUCCAAGAAGUUGCCGCUCUCAAAGAGCAGCACAGCAAGGAGCUGACGCGACUGAGAGAAGAAAGGGAGCAGGAGAGGAGACAGAGAGAGCAGGAUCUUAACGGUAUCGGCGGUGCUGGAAGCUCCACUGAGAGCCUCGGGGUAGCCAGGCAGGUCUCUGUGGAAGAGAAACAACACUGGGAGAGAGUGGAGGAGGAAGUCGCCAGGGCCAUAGUUCAGAUGUCCGUGGAGUUUGCACAGCAAACUGAGCUGGCUCGAAUCAACAAACGUGCCCAACAGACAAACUCCUCCAUGCAGACCCAGUCGGAUGAUGAGGAGCUGGAGGAGAGGGAGAAAGACGAGCCGACUCCCAGAGCUUCCCUCACUGCAGGCGGCUGGCUUGAGGAAGUCGAGAGGGAGAGACUGGAGAGGGAGCUUGAAGAGAGGAACGCUGAGAUUAGAAAGUUAAAGGAGGAGCUGCAGAAAUCUGAAUCAGGACCUGAGCAGGCCUUAAAGAAGAGAGAUGGCAGUGAUGGAGAAGAUGAGGAAGACAGCGAUCCAGACGGGUCGGGAACAGCGAAGGCUGAUGAACACAAACUGUCUUUGCGGGACGAUGGAGAUUCUUCUGAUAAAGAUGCUGAAAGAAACCUGUUGCGUACAGCCAACACGAAGCUCAGCCAGGUGUUGGUUGAAGUCCUGAAGACCACAGCAGCAGCAGAGGAAACGAUGGGCCUCCACAUGCAGAGCCUGCGCGACGCUUCUGGUGCAGCACAGCUGCCUCACUCCACCACACAGUUGGCCAGUACACUGACUCUCAGACAUUAUAACACGGAUUACGCUGCAGGAAGUUACCAGGGUGGUGAGACUGGUGCAGACAGCGUGAGCAUGUGGUCCGGUGAGAUGAAGGCUGCUGAGAGUCUGGAAGCAUCCCAGCAGAUGAUGGACACCCUGCUGCUCGGGGCAGGGCCACAGCUCGAGAACGAGGAAUAUUUAAUGGGAAUCAGCAGCCGACUGCAGACAGCUCUGGAAAAAAUGUUGAUGGCCAUCACUGAUACCACUAACCAGCUUGAACAUGCCCGGAUGACCCAGACCGAGCUGAUGCGGGAGUCCUUCCGGCACAACCAGGAGAUGAACGAGCUGCUUCAGAAGCAGGAGGAGCUGCAGGAGAGGUUGACAGAGGAGGCUCGGGCGCGGGAGCAGCUGGCUCUGGAGCUUCACAGAGCGGAGGGUCUCAUUGAUGGAUACACGGGUGAACGGGCAGCGCUGGAGGAGCAGUUGCGUCAGAAGGAAGAGCUCCAACUGAGCCUCGAGCAAGAGCUGCAGGUAACUGGUAGUCGGCUGCAUGAGUUGGAACAGGAAAAGUUUCAGAUGCAGGAAGAGCGCGAGCUGCUGGCAAGGCAACAAGACGCAAUGAAGGAGGACGCCGGGCCCCGUGAGCUUCGCCUAGUUGAAGCUGCAAUGGUUGCAGCACCUGAAGCAGACCUGCUGGAGGAAACUGAGAAGCUGAUGAAAGAGAAGGUGGAGGUUCAGAGGCAGGCAGAGAAGGAGAACUCUGACCUCCUGAAGCAGGUGAAGCUGCUGGAGGUGGAGCUGGAGGAGCAGGUCAACAAGGUGAUUGAGCUGGAGAGCGUUCGUACAACAGAGAGUUGGGACCUCCGACAGCAGAUCCAAGCCCUGGAGAAACAGCUGGAGAAGAACAGGAAGUUUUUGGAUGAGCAAGCUGUAGACCGAGAACAUGAGAGGGAUUUCUUCCAGCUGGAGAUACAGAAACUGGAGCAGCAACUGAAGAACCCGCAGAAGCUUCAGGCCAGCUCUGAGCAAAGAAACCAAGAGGUGGAUGGAGUAACCUUUAAGGUGGACCAGCUGAUCUCCCAGCUGAAGGAGAAGGCGGAUUGGUGCAGUGAGCUGCUUCUCAGCUCAGAGCAGCUGCGUCGUGAGGUGGGAGAGCGCGACGAAGAGAUUGACAAGCUGGAGAGCCGCAUCCGUGAGCUGGAGCAGGCCCUGCUGGCCAGCGCUGAGUCUCUGGAGAAGGCUGAACAAAAGAAGCAGCAUGCACCCGUCACAGAGACAAGACAGUCCACACUGGAGGCUCAGUUACAGACGGAAAGAGAAGCUCUGGAGCAGAAAGAGAAGGAGAUCCGUAACCUGGAGGAGCAGCUGGAGCAGUUCAGAGAGGAGCUGGAGAACAAGAGCGAGGAGGUUCAGCAGCUUCACAUGCAGCUGGAGAUCCAGGGGAAGGAGAUAAGCAGCCAGCAGCAGUAUCUCGAGACGAGGGAGAGCAUGCUCCAGGUGAUGGAGGAGAAGGAAAGGGAAAUAGCACUUCUUAAUGAACAGAUCACUAAGCUUCAACACAUGGAAACAGCCUCUGAUAACAAGGAAAUGGAUGAGAGGGAUGAGCUGAUAAAGGACUUGGAGUCCCAGGUGGAGUGCCUGCAGAGUGAACAAGAGCGUCUGAAGAGGAAAAACGAGGAGGAGCUCGACCAACUGAAUGAAGUUAUAGAAAAACUUCAACAGGAACUGGCCAAUAUCGAGCAAAAGCAGCCUACAGAGGAAGAGGAGGACACCAAGGGAGAGCCAGAGGAUGACGUGUGGGGGCCAAGUAAAGAGGAGUACGAUGAAAUGAAACAGAGAAUGGACAUGGCCACAAAAGAGCUCGAGACACUGAGAAAAGAGCACAGUAAGCUGUUGGAGACAUAUCUUCGCUUGAAAGAGAGCGCAGAAGCCUUAGCUGAAACAGAAAACCUAGAAAGCUCAGAGGGUGCACUCGAGGAAGUUCUCAGAGAGAAAACUGCAGGGCUGGUUGUCUUACAGGCUCAAGUACAAGCUCUGGAGGAGAGUGCAUCAUCCAGAGUGGAAGAGUUAGGCCUUCGGAUCACAGAACUGGAAGACUUGGUCAGUGAAAAAGACUCUGAGAUAAGCCACUGUCGCCUCCUUCUGGAGCAGUCUCAAAGUCACGCAGAAGGUCUUCAAAAGAGGGUCUCUAACCUAGAGGACAAUCUGAGGGAAAAAGUGGCUGCAGCGUUGGUCAGCCAAGCCACACUCGAGGCCUUCCAGCAGCAGCAUCAGUCAGUGGGAACAAAACAAGACCAGGACCUGCAGAAACCUCCUGAGAGACACGUGGAGCUGCUCAGCUAUGAGUUUGGAGAUUUUGGCAUUCCUCAAAUGGACUUCAGCGGAUUGGGUCAAGCAAAGCAAGUCCCCACAGGGAAGGUGGUUCAUCUUACGCAGAAGCUCCGGGAGCUGGAGGUCGGACUCAGUGGGAUGCAAAAAGACCAGGAACUCCAGAAGCAGCUGCUCUCCAGCUCUGAGGAGGAGGUGCUUGAGUAUGAAAGGAGGCUGGCAGUGCUCAUGGAUCUGCUCAGUCAGAUGAAGCCGGGAGUUCGCCAGAGGACAUCAUUGUCUGUGGAGGCCUCCUCUGAUGUCCAGCAGAAUGUGUCGCAGCUUCUUCAGGAGUUACAGGAGGUCAGAGAGGAGACUUCAGCCACCAAAGAGCAGCUGGAGAGCUACAAGGAGAGCUGCAGCAGACUUCAGGAGGACCUCCAUGAAAAAACUUUAACAAUAGAGAGGCUUCAGGAGCUGCUCCAAAAGACGUCAUCUAAUGAUGGUGAUGAGACGAAGGUGUCUGAGCUUAAACAGGAACUAACAGAGGCUCAGAGUGAAGCAGCGGCCACCAAAGAAGAGCUGAACAGCUGCAAGGAGAGCUUGGAGAAACUGCAAGAGCUGCUGCAGGAGCGGGAAAUGACCAUUGCUCACCUCAAAGGAGAACUUUUUCAAGUAAAAGCAGAAGAAGACAGAGCCAAUAUGUCAGAGCUUAUCCAGGAGCUCGAGGAUGUCAGAAACAAUGCGGCUUCCACCAAAGAAGAACUCAACAGCUACAAGGAGCGUAAUGAGAAACUUCAAAUGGAACUCCAAGUCAGUGAAGUUUCCAUUUCUAAACUCAAAGAGGAGCUGCUGGAGGUGAGAAAGAACAUGGAUACCACCAAAGAAGAACUCAACACCUACAAGCAGCACAAUGAGAACCUCCAUGAGGAACUGCGCACUCGCGAACUCUCCAUUUCUAAGCUUAAAGAGGAGCUCCAUCAGGAGGAACGAGCAGUCUUGAUGAAGACAGCAGGCUCUGGUCCUCUGUCUCCUUCUCCCUCUCCAUCUCCAUCUCCUCAGCCUCUUUCCUCUACUUCCUCCUCCUCCACCACACAACCCAAAAGGAAAGGAAGCAAACAGCCAGCUGGUAAAGGAAGCAGCACCAAAGACAAACAAUCUCUCUCCAGGAAAAGCUCUGCCCCUUCCAGCCAAUCCUCCAACAAAUCUCCCAGCCCACGGUUAAGCAGCAGCUCAGAGCAGCAACAUACAGCUGUAACAGACUCGUUCACACAGACCGAACUGCUACAGAUGUCUCAUCUUAGCCCAGAAGACAAGUCUGUCACCAAAGAGGAGAUGGAGGAAGUGAUCGGAGAAUACCAGGAGAAGAUUGUACAGAUGCAGGAGCUCCAUGCUGCAGAAAUCCUCGAUAUGGAGGCUCGGCACAUUUCAGAGAGCGAGAACCUCCGCAGGGACACGCAGGCACUGGAAGAUGAAUGUAAAGCUUUAAAGGCCAUUAUAGAAAAACUGCGCUCUGUUGAGGCUCCUACAUCAAGACAAGACCGUCCUACAUCUCAGUUCAAAGAUGGCUACACCAGUGACAGCAGCUCAGACUACAGCCAGAGGACAGGAUAUGACCUCCCGAGCCUGCAGCAGGAGUUCAGGACGACUCCGGAGGGAGCCAGGAGAGAAACCGAUGAUCCACUGCCAGACCGGAUUAAGACGUUGCUCCGUGAGGUGCACCAAGAAGGCAUGCAGGUUCUUUCUCUAUCAGAGCUCCCCCUCUCUGAAGGCGAGCCGGGCGGCCGGUUCAAUGUCCAAGGCUGGAUGAAGGAGAGAGACGCCCUGCUGGAUACUGUAGAGUCUUUAAAACACUUCAUCAGCCAGAUGCAGACACACAGGGAAACACAGAUGUCCGGCAGUGUAGACUGGCGUGGAGAGCUUCUGGAUGCAGUUCGGCUGGUGUUUGUGAGGGAGCGCAGUGUGCUGAAGAAUGCCCUCUACAGCCAGCUAGACCUGCUGGACACCAGUGAUGCCAUUAUUCACCUGAAUCAGCUGGAGCGCAGACUGGCUGAACAGGACGCCCAGCACAGAGAGGCCAUUGGUUCACUCCACACUGCAGAAAGGGCCAGUCUCAUCUCUGAGAUUCAUCAGCUCCGUGGACAACUAGAGCAACUUCAUCAAGGUGCCCAGCUUGCCAUCUCAUUGGCUGAUGAACAUAGCAUGAAGGAGCAGAGGGAGGGAGUCAGAGCCGAUGGAGCCGAGAGGGCCGACAGGCUGCUGGUGGAGGAACUGAAGGGUGAACUGUCCCAGACUAAACUGGAGCUGGAGACGACCAUGAAGGCCCAACAUAAACACCUCAAAGAGCUGGACACACUCAGGGCGGAGAUAUCCCAGAAAGCUGCAGAGGUGGAUGCACUAAAUGAUGAGCUGACCGAGGAGAAGAAGAGAAGCAGAGAUCUUCAGUGGGCGGUGGAGAAGGAGAGAUGCCGAACUGGGAGGACUGAGGACAGCAGACGAGAGGAACUGGAGGACCUUCAGCUUUCUCUGGAGGAGCAGAAGAACCACGUGGCACAGCUGAACCUGACUCUGCAGCAGGAGCGGCAGGCCUCCUCUCAGCUCUCCCAUCGUGCUGAAGAGGAGCGCCUCAGCCUCCACAGACGCCUGCAGGAGCUCCAAGUCCAGCUGGAAACGGAGCGAGCUAAGACCCAAGAGAUGAGCACUGCUCUGGGUAGACGGCGGGAUCUGCGGACUGGCAUCUCCUCUGACGGUGGUCCCUCCAGUGAGGAGCAGGUUCAGAAGGAUGGGAAAACCAUUGAAGAGGGCGGGAGUCUGGUGGAAAGACUUCAGAGGGAGCUGGAUGACAAGCAUGUACAGGUGGUGGAUCUGUUCAGUCAGGUGGAGGUCCAGAAGCUUGAGGUGAUACGAAAAGAGGAGGAGCUGACACUGGCAAGUCAAAGGUCCAGACGAGACCAGGAGGCACUGCUGGAGGCUCAGGCCAAGCUGGAGAGACUGGAGACAGAAAUGGCAGAGCUCCAGGAGCAGCUGAAGGGAGAGCUGGAGAGCAGAAAGAGUCUAGAAGAAGAGAAUGAGAGACUGGAAGAAAAGCUGAACCAGUUAGAACAGAGGGAGGGGAUGGGACCUGUGCAGGCUUAUGGCCAGAGCCAGGCCAUGUGGCACGGUGACUCCACGGAUUGCACCAAAGACUGGGUGCUCCAGCAGAAGAGCGGAAACCUCCACACAGCGAGCUCCAGCACAUCCCCUCAAGUAGAGGUCUCUUCAACAGGCCACAGCAGUGGGCCACACCACGGCCCGUGGCGCACAGUAGACAGGAUUGUGAGCAAACUCCACGUCAUCUCCUCAAAGAUGCGCAGCAUGGCAAGCAAGACCACUGGAGGGCUUACUGCAGAGGUGGACAGUGAAGAGUUGUCCUGGGUCCAGUCUAGUCUUGAUGAGGUCAUCACCAUGCUGCAGCAGUCCCCAGGUCUACCCUCCGUCCCCGAGAGUACGUCCCUGCUGGCAGGAAGCUCCUCCAACAUGCUGACUGAACGGCUGCUGAGGCAGAACGCCGAGCUGACAGGAUUCGUCAGCCGUCUCACCGAAGAGAAGAACGAUCUGAGGAACCACACGCUCCGCUUGGAAGAAGAGCUGCGACGCUAUCGGCAGGCUGGACUGGGAUCAGGCGACAGUUCCAGCAGAAGAGGAGCAUCAAAGAUGGACUCUACAGGUAUGCUGCUUUCUCAGGAGCGGGAAGCUUGGGCUCGAGAGAAGAGCCGUCUGGAGAAAGCUUUGCAUCUGGCUCAGUCCCAGGUGGCCCGGCUCAGGGGAGAGAUCAGGGCCGAGAACCUGCGAGAGAUUACCGGGCCUGAUUCUGACAAUGCUGCACUGAAGAGGAUGUAUGGGAAGUACCUGAGGUCAGAAAGCUUCCGUAAAGCGCUGAUCUACCAGAAGAAGUACCUGCUGUUACUACUGGGUGGUUUCCAGGAGUGUGAGGAGGCCACGUUAUCACUCUUGACCAAGAUGGGCAGUCGGCCGUCGCUCUCCAGCCUGGAGGCCUUCAGUCAGCGGCGCCGGGGACUGAUGCGUUUCCGCUCUGCCGUCCGAGUCUCUAUCGCCCUCUCCAGAAUGCGUUUUCUUGUGAAGAGAUGGCACAAGGCGACAGGGAUGAGCUCCACAGCUUCCUGCAGUGUUAACAAAAAUGGAAUAGGACAGACGUUAGGUACAGAGGCGAGGGAUUCGCCAUAUCUUCACCCAGGUGGUGUGGAGAUUUACAGAGAGAGAGGAAGCGGAGGAGGAGGAGGAGUGUCCAGCAGCAGAGGGAGAAGUGGACGGGAAUCGCCUCGAUCAGCUGUCUCCUCCACACAUCACAGGUUUCACUUGUCUGGAGACCACGGAGCUCUCACCUGUUCCCACCUGCAGAGCUACGACCCCGACCGAGCGCUCACCGACUACAUCUCCAGACUGGAGGCCCUGCAGAGGAGGCUGGGGAGCGUGACAUCAGGCGCUUCUUCAUAUGCUCAAUUGCACUUUGGCUUGAGAAGAUAGAUGCUGACACGUUAACUUUGGCUUGAAGAAACUCAGUUGCCUUUUCUCGUGCUGAGCGCUCUGCUGUUUUCUACCAUUCUGGUGUGGACUGUAUCUUUCCAUGUGGACCAAAACACAUUUUUUAUCAGUGUACGACAUGUUGAAUUCAGGCUUUUUUGUCGCCGGCACUUGAAAAACAGCUAUGUUUGUAAUUUAAUCUGCCUCUUUGUUGUGGAUGACCUACAAUCAUGUAUAUUUGCCUAAUGCUAAUUUAAGACUUUGUGAUUAAUUUAUAUGUUUGUGUUGUAUGGGUGGAGCGUUGCGUAGAGGAUGUUUGGGUUUAUUGUUAAGGAGGCUGCUACUGGAUACUCUACACUACACUGUGUUUUGUUUAGGCCGGACAGACUACAGAGGACAUUUGUAGAGAACGUAUUUUUGUAAAGCGUAGGAGCUUUGAAUUUUCUGGGUAUUUUGUCAAAAACUGAAUUAAAGAGGACUACAUUAUUUCAAA